AUGUACGACAAGGUCGUCUCGCUGGGCUCCCGCCUGCACUACCCCAUCACCAUCACGAAGCUCCUCAAGUCGCCCGGCGACGCCCUCCGGAAGCAGGAGAACAUUGUCGAGUACAAGUUCGGCUGGCGGCGCCGCGUCAACGACGACGAGUGGGUCGACGAGACGACCUACACCGAGUUCGACAGCCCGGCCGAGGGCAAGCUCAAGGAAUGGCGCAUCCGCGAGGGCCAGGUCAUCGGCGCCGACACGCCCUGCAUGACGGUCGAGGAGGCGUGCGGGCACGAGGUCCAGAUCCAGGGCCUCUGCAGCCUCUGCGGCGCCGACAUGACCGAGGUCAACUGGGCGAGCGAGGAAAAGGACACGGACCGGGCCAUGAUCAACAUGACGCACGACCAGACGGGCCUCAUGGUCAGCGAGAACGUGGCCAAAAAGGCCGAGCACGACACCCAGAGGCGCCUGCUCCGCCAGCGCAAGCUCAGCCUUGUCGUCGACCUCGACCAGACCAUCAUCCACGCCUGCAUCGAGCCGACCAUCGGCGAGUGGCAGGCCGACCCGUCGAACCCGAACCACCAGUCGGUCGAGGACGUCAAGAGCUUCCAGCUCAACGAUGACGGCCCCGCCGGCCUCGCCAGCGGCUGCACCUAUUACAUCAAGCUGCGACCGGGCCUGCGGGACUUCCUCCGCGAGGUGGCCGCCAUGUACGAGCUGCACGUAUACACCAUGGGCACGCGCGCCUACGCGCUCAACAUUGCCCGCAUCGUCGACCCCGACCGGAAGCUGUUCGGGAACCGCGUCAUCAGCCGGGACGAGAACGGCAACAUCACGUCCAAGAGCCUGCAGCGCCUCUUCCCCGUGAGCACGAACAUGGUGGUCAUCAUCGACGACCGCGCCGACGUCUGGCCGAGGAACCGGCCGAACCUGAUCAAGGUCGUGCCGUACGACUUCUUCAAGGGCAUUGGCGAUAUCAACUCCAGCUUCCUGCCGAAGCGCACCGACAUCCUCCCGGCCGCCUCGCCCCAACCGCUCGCCGCCGCCGCCGCCGCCGCCGCCGCCGCCCCCGACGCCCAGGGGGGCUCGCCCGAGGCCAAGGCGUCGCCCCUCGACGAGCUCGCGCGCAUGGGCGGCGCCGACGACGAGGCGAGCCUCGAGCUGCAGGCGCGGGAGCAGGAGAAGACGCUCGAGAAGCAGCUCGUCGACCGGCCGCUGCUGCACAUGCAGGAGGAGCUCGACAAGGAGGAUGAGCUCUCGGCCCAGGCCUCGGACGACGCCGGCGGCGCGCCCGCCCACCACGCCCGCCACCGGCUGCUGAGCGACGACGACGAGGAGCUCAUGGCGCUGCAGGACCACCUCACCGACCUGCACACGGCCUUUUACGAGACGUACGACCGGCGACGUGACGACCGGAAGCAGUCGGAACCGACGCACCCGCCGGGGCACGCGAGGGUGCGCAGGAGGUCCGUCGACGACGGUGUCGACCUGUCCAUGGUGCCCGACGUCGGUGACAUCCUCGACGAGCUCAAGUCCAACGUGCUCUCGGGCCUCGUCAUCGUCCUCUCGGGCCUCGUGCCGCUCGGCGUCGACGUCGAGAGCUCCGAGAUCGGCAUGCAGGCCCAGAACUUUGGCGCCCAGGUGCUCGACGGCGUCUCCCGACGCGUCACCCACCUCGUCGUCUCGACGUCGCGGCCGCGGACGAAAAAGGUGCAGCAGGCGGCCAAGAUUCCGACCAUCAAGAUCGUGAACCAGAACUGGCUCGUCGACUGCCUCAGCCAGUGGCGCCGGCUGGAGGAGAGCCCCUACUUUUUGGACAUUCUCGACCAGGACCGCGAAAAGUCGGACGACUCGACGGAGCCCUCGUCCGAGGCCGAGGACGAGGAGGCCAACGAUCUUAAGGGCUUCGACUGGGACAUGGCCGACAAGGACCUCGAGGAGUUUCUCGACGACGACGGCGACGACAACGACGACGACGACGGCGGCGAUGAGGACGAGUCGGACGGCGCCGAGAGCGGCGGCGACGCGGAAACGGCGAGCGUCGGCACGACGGAUUCACGCAAGGCCCGGAAGCGGAAGAAGGCGGCCGACGGCGACGACUCGGACGCCGACGGCAGCGUCGCCGGGGAGAGUCUGCUGGCCAAGAAGCAGCGCCUGUCGCGCGGCAGAGGCACGUCGGCGCUGCGGUCGGUGCAGACGCUCAACAACGGGGAUUCGGCGAGCAACGGCGAUGGCGCAUCGCAGACGACGCACGACAACUUUGACGACGACCUCGAGAGGGACCUGCUGGCAGAGCUGGAGGCGGCCGAAGCGUAG